UUGUACGCUAAGGAAAGCAUAUGAUGCGGUGUGUGUCAUAACAUAAACCGGAAAUUAGAAGAGACCCUCCUCCGAUUACAUUUAUUCUAUCCCUUUCUCCCGCGCUGGAACAAACCCCUUCCCUUUUAUUUUAUUUUAUUUUAUUUUACAUCAUUUGCACCUUCAUUUCAUCUUAUUAUUUAAGAAAAAUAAGAAAAUCAAGAUCGAAAAUGGCGAGUCGGUUCGGUUUCCAAUCAACGACAAUGAUCGUGACAAACACACCAGCGGCAGAUCUCGCACUCACAAAUCUCGCUUACUGCUCCCCCUCCGAUCUCCACAACUUCGCCGUCCCUGGAACCAAGCUCUUCUUAGCUUUAGUCGCUGACUCCUCUGUUCUCUCUUUUUCUCCUCAUGAAAAUAUUCGUACCGGUCAAAUUGCGCUUAAUGCGAUUCAGCGAAGGCAUGCAAAGGUUUCAUCUGGCGAUACGGUUUCUGUGAGCAGGUUUAUCCCUCCUGAAGAUUUUAACCUUGCAUUGUUAACACUUGAGUUGGAAUUUGUGAAGAAGGGGACUAAGAAUGAGCAGAUUGAUGCUGUUAUUCUGGCCAACCAGCUUAGGAAGAGGUUUGCUAACCAGGUUAUGACAUCUGGGCAAAGAGCAACAUUUGAGUAUCAUGGAAACAAUUACAUAUUUACAGUCACUCAAGCCACUGUGGAGGGACGGGAAGAUUCUAAUGAUGUUGAGAGAGGAAUGAUUUCAAGUGAUACAUACAUGGUCUUUGAAGCAUCAAAUUCAAGUGGCAUUAAGAUUGUCAAUCAGCGUGAAGCUGCCAGUAGCAACAUCUUUAGGCAAAAGGAGUUUAAUCUUCAAUCACUUGGUAUAGGUGGUUUGGGUGCAGAGUUUGCAGAUAUAUUUCGAAGAGCUUUUGCCUCUCGUGUUUUCCCACCUCACGUGACAAGCAAAUUGGGGAUCAAGCAUGUAAAGGGAAUGCUGCUUUAUGGGCCUCCUGGCACUGGAAAAACUCUUAUGGCUCGUCAAAUUGGAAAAAUGCUGAAUGGGAGGGAGCCAAAGAUUGUUAAUGGACCUGAAGUCCUAAGCAAAUUUGUUGGCGAGACUGAAAAGAAUGUCAGAGACCUGUUUGCUGAUGCUGAAAAUGAUCAAAGAACUAAUGGGGACCAAAGUGAUUUGCAUGUAAUAAUCUUUGAUGAAAUUGAUGCCAUAUGUAAGUCAAGAGGAUCAACUAGAGAUGGUACAGGAGUCCAUGAUAGCAUUGUGAACCAGCUACUUACAAAGAUAGAUGGUGUGGAGUCCCUGAAUAAUGUUUUACUUAUCGGAAUGACCAACAGAAAGGAUUUGCUUGAUGAAGCACUUUUGAGGCCAGGAAGAUUGGAGGUUCAAGUUGAAAUAAGCCUUCCUGAUGAAAAUGGUCGGCUGCAGAUUCUUCAAAUUCAUACAAACAAGAUGAAAGAGAAUUCUUUUCUUGCUCCUGAUGUAAAUCUUCAAGAGCUUGCUGCUCGCACAAAAAAUUACAGUGGAGCAGAACUUGAAGGUGUAGUGAAAAGUGCAGUAUCAUUUGCUUUGAAUCGACAACUAAGUCUAGAUGAUCUUACCAAGCCAGUAGAUGAAGAGAGUAUUAAAGUUACAAUGGAUGACUUUUUGCAUGCACUCCAUGAAAUUGUUCCGGCAUUUGGAGCCUCCACUGAUGACCUUGAACGAUGCAGACUUAAUGGCAUGGUGGACUGUGGUGAUCGACACAAGCAUAUUUAUCAGAGAGCUAUGCUACUGGUGGAGCAAGUUAAAGUUAGCAAGGGAAGUCCAAUGGUCACUUGCCUUCUGGAAGGCCCAAGUGGCAGUGGUAAAACUGCAUUGGCAGCUACUGUUGGCAUUGACAGUGAUUUUCCAUAUGUCAAGAUAAUCUCAGCUGAAACAAUGAUUGGUCUCCAUGAGAGCACUAAAUGUGCACAGAUUGUUAAGGUGUUUGAGGAUGCAUACAAGUCUCCUUUAAGCAUUAUAAUUCUUGAUGACAUCGAGAGAUUAUUGGAGUAUGUCGCAAUUGGGCCUCGCUUUUCAAAUAUAAUUUCUCAGACAUUGAUGGUACUCCUGAAACGUCUUCCUCCCAAGGGAAAGAAACUUCUGGUGUUAGGGACAACAAGUGAAGUAAGCUUCUUGGAUUCAGUUGGUAUUUGUGAUGCUUUCUCUGUUACUUACCACCUUCCCACAUUGAAGGCGGACGAUGCAAAGAAGGUACUGGAACAGCUCAAUGUUUUCGCUGAAGAUGAUGUCAGUGCUGCUGCAGAAGCCCUGAAUGAUAUGACUAUCAAGAAGCUCUAUAUGUUGAUUGAGAUGGCAGCCCAGGGAGAGCAAGGUGGAGCUGCUGAGGCUAUCUAUUCCGGUAAAGAGAAGAUCAAGAUUGCACAUUUUUACGAUUGCCUUCAGGACAUUGUGCGAUUCUAAUUUGAAGCUCUCGUUCACCUCACCAAAAAAAACUCUUUUUACCUCAUUUAUAUUCCACUAGUCCUCACGAAAGCUUUCACCUCCCAUUUUCAAUUUUUUACUGCAUCCUUUGUGGCGAUUUUUUGUUGUCUAUUUUUGGCAUUUUGAUUGAGUGAUGUGUUUACUUGAGCUUUUGAGGCAUCAUGGUUUUUGUUCUAGGCAUGUAAAGUUCCGAUGAGUUUGAACGAUUCGAAGGUUAUAGACUUGAAGAACUGUUAUCUAUGUGCUAAUGAAGUAGAUGCAUGGUAAAUUGAUGAGUUUUUCACCA